AUGAUACCAAUUGUGGCUUUUGUCCGCAGCAGUCUUUCCUGCUCCAGAGACAGGUGUGCAGGUAUGCAGCGGAGCUUGCUCCAUUUCUUUCGCGUCUCUUCCAUGUCUUACGAAUCCGGCACCUUCCCAGAAAACUGGAAAUUUACCGACCCUUACAGCUACAGAUCUACGAGUAUAGCUCUGCUUUCUGUUAUAAAUAAGAUGAGGUGUAUAAAUCGCGAGCUUCUGGACUACCUCGAACGUCACGGCUUGAUUAGCGACAGGCAGUAUGGUUUCCGGCACCAGGAGCUCUCUCUACGUCAAGCAUUGGUGGAGUAA